AUUGCUGGGCGCCACCGGACAGGGCGUGCUAGAUAGGCCUCUCAUGGAGCGUGACCUCUUAGCUCCAGAGAAGUCACGAGUACUGCCCUCAUGCAGCCAAAUCCCGAAGCGUAAAGAGAGUCCACCGGCCACUGGCGUCACGCUCGGCGCUAUUGGAGCUGAGCCUCCACCCAUCGCCGAACCGGCACCACUACCUCGCCGGAACAUCGCCUCGCGAAUACGUACCCCCUCAGAACUGGAAGAGGAAGAUCUGCAGGAGGAGAAAAGGCUGAAGGCCGGUUCGGACUCGGUAUUCGAGUAG